AAAUAAUCACCAAAAAAUCCCUAAGUCUCAGUUGGAGAGCUGGAAUGGGGUCCAGAGGGUGUAACCGGUGACUCAACUUCCAAAUUUUGCAUACAGAGAGAGAAGGCACGCGAACAAAUAGGGAGAGAGAUUUACCGUUUGAAUUUUCAAGAAAUCGUUUUUAUUUUAGAGGGUGUUUGGAAAGCAAUCUCUUAAUAUUACCUCGAGAGAGAGGGAGCAGGAGGCUGAGGCUGCCGCGAGAGGAGCCCGGAGACUGCGCGCUGCGGAGCAUUUUCCACCCUUGGGGGACGCACACUCUUGCUCCAGCUCGCUCCCGCACACAUGGUCGCUGCCGUGCAAAGUUUCGCCUGCCAUCACUCCGGGAUUCUCCUCCUCUGCUCCGGGCUGUAACCUUGAACUUUUUGGAGCAUGGUGACAGUGCCAUAAUAACCCACCACUUUUUUUUUUUUGAGGGGGAAAAAACCCAAACGACCCCCCCGUCCUCCCCCCUCCUUAUCUGCAAAACAACCACCACCACCAGCAAAAGCAAGACUCCUGCGCUGCCGACUACAAGAGGGUUAAAAGUGUAGAUUGGAUUUCACCCCGGGAAAUCUAACACACAGAGUGAACUUGAAUCUUUGGCUAUUUAAGGAGGACUGGUGUUUGUUGUGAAGUUGUGGUCAUCCAGGGCAGAGCCUCGUCCUGAUUGAUUUCAUCUUCCUUGGGUCUCAGAUGACUGUAAAAUGAAUAGAUGAAAUUACUCCUUUUUGAGGCUUUUCUUAGGGGCUCUCCGGGCAGCGUGUUCUCAAAGCGAAGUCAUGAUGUAUUCUCCAAUCUGUCUCACUCAGGAUGAAUUUCACCCGUUCAUUGAGGCACUUCUUCCACACGUCCGUGCAAUUGCCUAUACGUGGUUCAACCUUCAGGCUCGAAAACGCAAGUACUUUAAAAAGCACGAGAAGCGGAUGUCAAAGGACGAGGAAAGAGCAGUCAAGGAUGAGCUACUUAGCGAGAAGCCUGAAAUUAAGCAGAAGUGGGCAUCCAGGCUCCUCGCCAAGCUGCGCAAAGAUAUUCGCCAAGAGUUCCGGGAGGAUUUUGUGCUCACGGUGACUGGGAAGAAGCACCCAUGCUGUGUAUUGUCCAAUCCUGACCAGAAGGGUAAGAUUAGGAGAAUCGACUGCCUGCGACAGGCUGACAAAGUCUGGCGUCUGGAUCUAGUCAUGGUGAUCCUGUUCAAAGGCAUCCCCUUGGAAAGUACAGAUGGAGAGCGGCUCAUGAAAUCCCCACAUUGCACAAAUCCAGCACUUUGCGUCCAGCCACAUCACAUAACAGUAUCAGUCAAGGAGCUUGAUUUGUUUUUGGCAUACUACGUGCAGGAGCAAGAUUCUGGACAAUCGGGAAGUCCGAGCCACAAUGAUCCUGCCAAGAAUCCACCAGUGUACCUUGAAGAUAGUUUUGUAAAAUCUGGAGUGUUCAACGUGUCAGAACUUGUGAGGGUAUCCAGAACACCUAUAACCCAGGGAACUGGUAUGAACUUCCCAAUUGGAGAGCUUCCGAGCCAGCCAUAUUACCAUGACAUGAACUCGGGUGUAAAUCUACAGAGGUCACUGUCCUCUCCACCAAGCAGCAAGCGUUCCAAAACUAUUUCCAUAGAUGAGAAUAUGGAGCCAAGCCCAACAGGAGACUUUUAUCCUUCACCAAAUUCACCAGUUGCUGGGAAUCGGACAUGGCAUGAAAGAGAUCAAGAUAUGUCUUCUCCUACAAUGAAGAAACCUGAAAAGCCUUUGUUUAGUCCUACAUCUCCCCAGGAUUCUUCACCAAGACUGAACACUUUUCCCCAGCAUCACCAUCCAGGAAUCCCAGGAGUUGCACACAGUGUCAUCUCAACUAGAACUCCACCUCCACCUUCACCAUUGCCAUUUCCAGCACAAGCUAUUCUCCCUCCUGCCCCAUCUACCUACUUCUCUCAUCCGACGAUCAGAUAUCCUCCCCACCUAAAUCCUCAGGAUACUCUGAAGAAUUAUGUACCUUCUUAUGAUCCAUCCAGUCCUCAGACUAGCCAGCCUAACAGCAGUGGUCAAGUAGUAGGGAAAGUGCCUGGCCAUUUUACUCCAGUUUUGGCACCCUCUCCCCAUCACAGUGCGGUGCGACCUGUGACCCUGACCAUGACAGAUACUAAACCCAUCACUACAUCCACUGAAGGUGAGGCAUCUUCACCUGCAGCAACCACCUACACGGCCACAGGCACAACCCAAGCCAAUCGAUAUGUGGGACUAAGCCCAAGAGACCCAUCCUUCCUACACCAGCAACAGCUGAUGAUUUGUGACUGGACCAUGAAUCAAAACGGCAGGCAUUUAUACCCCAGUGCCAGUGAGGAUACAUUGGGAAUUACUUGGCAAAGUCCUGGUACCUGGGCUAGCUUGGUUCCUUUUCAAGUAUCAAAUAGGACACCGAUCCUGCCAACAAAUGUCCCAAAUUAUGGUUUGAACAUAAUUGGAGAGCCUUUCCUUCAAGCAGAAACAAGCAACUGAGGGAAAAAUGAAAUAAAAGAAAAAUUAAAAGAAAAAAAAAGAAGGAAGAUGGGAUGAAAAAUAAAACUGAAGAAAGAAGAAAAAUAGACCAGCAAUUGCAGCACUUACAAUCACUAAUUCCCUUACGGUUGAAACUGUAAUGACAUACAGAGGGUCGAUGAUAUUUCACUGAUGGGUAGAAUGCAGCCCCUGCUAAGUAGCCUUUGUUAUAUGAAGUCCGCUAGGAAAUAGAUGUUCUGUCUCUGACAAUAUAUUUUAACUGACUUUCUAGAUGCCUUAAUAUUUGCAUGAUAUCUAGUUUUAUUGAUUUAGUAUUCUUGUUGUUUACACAUGGGAUCAUUAUUCCUGGUUAUCUCACAAAACAAAGGCUAGGCAGCAACAGAGCUGCAGGAGAACAAGUUUAAAAAAUAAGCUCAGUAGCCUUUAGUUUAAGUAUGGAUUUAUUAAACUUUGGUCCUUAACCCAGCCUUUUCUAGUGUGUUACUGAGUUUGAAAUUUUCAAAGUCAGUACAAACAUACAGAGUCUAUGGAAGAAAUGCCUCUAUAUAGGUAAAAGUGUUCUCUCGCCAACAGUAAAAAUAAAAAAUAAAAAAAAUGAGCUUUUUCCCCACUAAAGAAACACUUAAGAGGCAAGUGCAAUUUAAAAAUCAUAUUUACAGGGAGGUCAUCAUUAUAAGUCCUUCAGCCCUUGGACUCUAAAUUGAGGGGAUUAAAAAAAAAUAGUAAGAAUUACUUUGAACAAAUUAUUUUUCCCCCUCAGUUUUUGAGGGCAUUAAUAAGCAAAUCAUGUCCUUGAGAAGAAAGUAAUGGAAACAGCACUUAUGUUGAUUUAGUUGCUGCCUCAACAGAAGGGUAGGAUUUAUUUAUUUAAAGUUAUUGGUUGCAUCAAGAACCUAUAGGGUGUUCAUACAGUUCUGUAAAAUCUGCAUCAUAGAGACAGAUAGGCAGGCAAAUCCAUGUCACAAAGGCAAAGCUUAUAGUUUACAAACUGGGAAUACCAGGGUGAGGGAUAAGAUGUAUUUAAAACAAUGCACUUGCAAAGUAAGUCUAAUCACAAGGUGCUCAAAACUCUCAUGGUGCUUUCAGAAAUUAGCCUUUUUCAACAAAUUUCUCUCAUUGACAGAACUGAAAAGUACAUGGCCAGACAAAUUUUGCCUCCAUCACUUAAAAAAAAAUAAUUAGAAUGCUUUUUCCAGUAAUCCUAAUUUGCAUGAAGAUAUAAUGCCCACAUUAUGUGCCUUGCCUUGAAAUCUAAAAAAAAAUGGGAAAAAAUGACAUUCACUACACUUGUUUUGCUGCAUUUAUAAUUUUAAAUCUUUAUCAUUUUUAUGACAAAAUAUUUUGUACACCAGAUGGGAAAAAGUAUGAGAUCAUGGAUUUUUUAGACAGUUAUACUUUAUCUCACAUUUAUAAAGCAUAUCAUGGCUGUGUAUAGUUGCUGCUUAAAAAUUGUAAUCAACCAGCAAUAUUUUCAGUAUUUUGGUAUUUUUUCUAUUAACCUUUCAUGUUUUUCAUCUUUCAAUUAAUAUUUUGGGGGAGGGGGUUCAAAUUUAUACAAAUUAUGCAAUACCAAGUUUUGCCUAUGUAGGUAGUGCUUUUAGCUGUAUUAGUUACUAUAGGUAAGUACUCGGAUUUAAAAGAAAAAGAAAAAGUAAUGUAUACAUUUGUUUGUUUUAAUUGACCAAAGUGGGUACUGCUAUUUUUGCAGUAUGAUGAGGCCCUUUUGUGUACUUGGAGAUGGACAGGGGAUUUUUUUUAUAUAUACAUUUUAUAUAUUUUUUAUCUUUUUAUAUAUAUAUAUAUAUAUAUAUAUAUAUAUAUAUACACACACACAUAUAUAUAUACAUAUAUAUACACACACACACUUUUUUUUUUUUUUCCUGGGGUGGGUGGGGAGGAUUUUUAACACUUUACAGUAUAGCUGUGAAGCAGUGCACCCUUAGCCAGGCAAGGGCUGCAAAGCAACUGUUCUGCCUACUUUGACAAACUUUCAAAUCGGUUCCCUCUUUUUAACUUCCCACCUGGGGUGCAAGCUGAAAUCAUUUCUGGAUUAAAAUAAUAAUAAUGGAUUCUGUUGGAGGCAGACUUGACUUGAGGAAAUUGUUUUACUUAAAAUUUCUUUUUUGCCUUUCCCUGCAAAAAGAGAAAGAGAGGUGAAGACUCACAGUGAGAUGGAACCUUUUCCAUUUUGGCAAAGAUAACACAUCCUAAAGUGUCCAUUUUAGAAGGUGUUUUUAGUCCAGAAAAACAUAGAAACAUGCUUUGUCGAGAAGAUGCACAUACAGGGCCAAAACCUUUGCUGGCAUAACUCCACUGACUUCAGUUAAUUCCAAAGGAAUUAUGUUUGUAGGUAAUUUGGCUUCCUAAAUCUAAAUGACUAGUGAAUAUUCUCUUUUCUUUCUUUGUCAAAAAAUUAUUCAUUUUUUUUAAUUUGUUAACACACAGCAUCUGAUUUAUAGUCAUCUACUUUCAUAAACUAUGUCAGCAGUUUAAAAUGUCUUCACAUACAUCAGGUCAGAUGGAAAGCAGCACUUCUGGACUGUAAUGCGAAUCGAGUUUUGAACACAUGGAAUUAGCAUGAUGUAAACAAGUUUAUUUUCAGUACAAUCAAACUUUGUAGAUUAGCAGUAGACCUGUUGCUGGAAACCUUUUACAAAUAAAGGUUCCACAUUAUGUAUGGCUCAGCAUAGGGUGUAUUUUCCCUUCAAAGCACAUACUUUUAUUAGGGUGCAAGUGAAGGGGGAAAUAGACUUGUGAAAAUAGGGCACCCCCGUGGGAUAAUUCAACCCAUUACAGCUGUCUCUUCACUUCAGAGAUUUUCUUAAAGUAUCCCACCCUUGAAUGACCACUGAAACACAGCUCAAACAAUGGCAGCACCACUGAGAGCUCAAGCAGUGACACACCAACUAUGGUAUCUUCUAAUCCUUGUGAGAGCAAAGGGAAAUGACUUAGCAGUUACGAAAGAGGCAACUACAGCGGCUCAUCCACACUAGAGCUCCCGCUACCAUGAUUGUCACCAGUGAGCUGCAAUGACAGGACAUUUUAGGAGGAAGGUGCAUAGGCAGGGCCUGAAAGGCUACAGAAAGCGAAAGAAGCUGUAGAAAGACAAACCCUUAAGAUUUAUAUUUAGCUAAAUUAAAAACCAUGCAUUAUCCAUUCAUUAUCAGUGAUGUGCUGAAAGGUUCUGGAACAUAGGUAUGUGCUGGAGGACUGUCUUUGAUUAGUCCCAUUAGCAAGGUGCCCCCUUUAAACUUUUAAUAGCACAACGGGAUGAAACUGAAACAAGUUCAGACUUCAAAGUGCAAUAAUCAAAAUGAUGCCUAUCCUUGUAGGAAGGUGGAUGGUCUUAGUUGAACUUUUCCAUUAUCUCUGACCUCUUUUUUGAUCAAAUUGAGCUUACAGAUACAAUAUUUUUAAAAGCAAACUCCUUCCAUGUGAAUGAAUUAGUUGCUUAAGAAACUGUGGGUUUUUCUUUAAUAGAAAGGCUUGGCUUGAAUAAAGCAAACUUCGCAUUUGUUUUUGUUUUUGAUUUUUUUUUUGAUUUUAAGCUUAAAGUCAAAAGAUUACAAUAAUAUUGCGAACUCAAAUCCAGUCUCUGGCCUCCUCCUUCACCAGAAAGUGUAUUCUGACUAAAUCAAGCCACCCCGUUCUAUGUGCACUGUUCUGCCUUUAAGUUGCUUUGCAGCCCUGGCCUCAUGGCCAUGCCAUUGAAGUGUGUUUCCCCUGUAGUGACAUGAACAUUUGAGGCUUGACUUUUGGGGGGGGGGGGGGGGCGGGGCAGUGAAGGAGACUACAUAAAGACAUGGCAAAAAUAUUAAUUACAGCAAUAUAGUUGUUGGGUGAUGUUCAGGUGGGCAGCUCCAUUGAAGAUAUGUGAAUGAAUUUGUGAAGCUGCAAGUAGCAAGAAAGGAGGAUCUUCUGAAUGAACCGGCUACCUUGUAGACAGUAAUUUGUACACUGUAUAGUUUUGUUAAGAUUUUUUUUAAAGUACCCUUGUUUAUAAAGCUAACUCUUUAACAAUUAUAAUGGAAAUGUCUCCUUUCCAUUUUUAAAGUAAACAAGAAUACUCCUUGUUUGGAAACUGGACUUGGGUUAAAACUCUCCAGUUUCUUAAUUUAUGUAUAAAAAACAAAAAAACAAACAAAAAACCCAGCCACCUGUCCAUGUCAGCAGUUAUUGCAGAUUCCUGUGCUUGAAAAGCAUAGGUUACUAAUCCUUUGAAACAUGUAAAUGGAGAAGAGUUAUAUUUUAUGAAGGUUAUUUCAUUGUAUUUAGUAUUGGAAAAGUUGUUUUUCAGAGCAUUUCAAAAUGUUGGAAGUAUCACUGUCUUUUUAUUAGUAUAUAAGGCCUUUAGCAAAACUUUUUGAUUGUUACAUGAUAGUAUUUAAGAUUAGGUUCACAGAGCAAUUCAGGAUAGACAGAGAGCUAAAAUAGUACGUAUAGGCGUGUCCUCAGGGAACAGAAUCUUGGAUUUGCAACUUGUAGCUUCAUAAGGAUUUAACAAAAGAGAUUGCAGAGGGACAUACUCAGCUGUGACACCCGAGUGUGUUCCAUACCUAAACUCUAAGUUAUAUUUACUGUGUGAUAUUAUGAAAGCUGCAGAAGGUUAUCCCAUAUUCAGUGUACAGUAUUCACUUUUAAUGAAACAUCUCUAUAAUGUUGCUGGCAGUAAGACCCCAAAUUUGACAUCCAAUAUAGUUUACAUGACCCCAUCAAGGUCUUCUACUAACAUUAACCAGGUGCAUGCUCCUGGGUGUGUGUUUUUUUUUUUUUUUUUUUUUUUUUUAAAAGGUUUCUAUAGAAAGCUUAAGAAAUAAAGCAAGAUGCAGGCUAAUCAAGAUAAAUAGAAAAUACUCAAAAUUGAAUGUUCUACUCCAUACUGAAGAAGCUGAAAAACUGUCACCUUCUUAUUUGCACUUUCUGCUAGCUCCCCAGUUUUUCUAAUAUCUCAAAAUUAUGUAGGUGUGGUGGAGCACUGCAGUUGGAAAAUAACACAGACCACUCAUUUUUGCCCUUUAACCCUGCACAAUGACCUUUGCAUCAGCCAACUUAUUGCCAUGACAACUCUUUGUACUGUUUCCAUGCUACAGCUGUUGGUCACAUUGUUAGUAGUAAAGGGGACAAGUUGGAAAGGGUCAAUUUUUUUUUUUUUUUUAAACUGUUGUUGCAAUUUUUUCUUCACUGGUUGUAAGUAAUUUUUUUUAAAAUAAUAAAAGGGUUCACUAGUUAUUACUCUUUAGAGAUAUCUGUGUGUUGAAAUUCAAAUGUAUAUUGAAUUUUUUGAAGAGGGCUUCAGUGCCACUAACAUUGCAAUACACUAGAAUAAGCCUUUGAUACUUUCAUUGCAUGAUAGAGUACCAGUAAAGCAAAAGGCAGUCUAAAUAAAUGGAAAGCAGUGUGAGCUAGUGACACUAAAGCCAGUCUUUGUAUUACUGUAUUUUUGACAGAAUAGUUUUAAGAACUGUGCUACAGGGACUGAUGUGGCAAAUGUAUCUCUAUAUGCAGAAGGAGUUUUAAAAGUUAAAAAAAAAAAAAAAAAAAGUACAGCUUAUUAUGCAUUCUUCAUUGAGGGCAUUGAAGUUGCAUGGACUGAUAAAAGUUGAUGCAAAAUGAAAAAGAAACCAGCAAAAUGUUUACCAAAAAAAUCUCAAGCGAGCAGUGCCUGUUCAAUUUCAGUCUCUUUUGAGUUCAGUUGUAAAUAUGUUUCAGAUAAAAGUUUCUUCAGAGGAAAAAAAACAACAAACAAACAAAAAAAAAACCCCACAACAUUGUAGAAUGUGAGGGGUACCUCAAUCCCAGGCAUAGGCUUCUGAAGAGCUGCAUUAGGUUAUAUCUUCAUCAAGCUGUUAAUUUGUGCUUAUAUCAUAUAGAACUUUUAGUAAACUGGGAAGAGGCACCCCAUCUCAAUGAUAUUUCUCUGAGAACAACUUUUGUAGGGCUGUGUGUUUCUUUAGAUACAUUUAGUACAACUGUAGGUGACAAGUAGUCAGUUAUUGCUUGCUAGCUACACACCAGGGUUGAUCCAUUUUAAAACUUCUGGCAUUCUCCCCUCCCCCCCCCCCCCCAAUACUGUAUGCCAUAAAUAUUGAAGGUUAUAUUUUAAUUAACAAGGAGGUGCAUGCACAUUCUUGGCAUGCUAAGCCUUAGCCAGUAGAAUGCAUUAUACUACAGUUACUUAAUUUUUGGAACUAGGGCUCCUAGUAUCAGACCUAUUUUGAGCCAGAAUGUUAAAGGCUAUCAUGCCUGUUUGGAGGCAGAUGAUGUUCUUUUUGGUACUUUUUUUUGUAGGUUACAAGUGAACUUAAAUGCCACAAGUUUUAAGCUGGUGUAAAUCAAGCUUAACUUAAUGUGAUUGUUACUGUUAUAUCCAGCCUAUACUGCUAGCAGCUGCUCAUACUGCAGUCAAUUACUGGAAGCAGAUAUAUUUCCUAUGCAAAAAAAACAAAACAAAAACAAAAACAUUUAAACAAUAAAGUGAGCUAUGCUACAGA